CGCCCUCGCCCGCCGCCCGUCGGCCGCUCGGGCCGCCCCCGGGGGAAGAGUCUGAGGAGGCGCGGGGCCGCGGCGGACUAAGGCGCCGCAAGGCAGCAUCGGGCUGCGGACGCUCGGUUCGGGCCCAGGGAGCUGCUCAUCUGCGACCGAUGUCCUCAAGAUGGAGGCGGCGGGGGCGACGGCGUGAGGAGGAGGAGGGCGGCGCGGAGAGCGCGGGAGCAGGCCGAGGGGCGGCGGGGGCGGCGGGAUGGGGCUGCUGCUCAUGAUCUUGGCGUCGGCCGUGCUGGGCUCGUUCCUCACGCUGCUCACACAGUUCCUGCUGCUCUACCGCAGACAGCCCGAACCGCGGGCAGACGAGGCAGCCCGCGCGGGCGACGGCUUCCGCUACCUUAAGCCGGUGCCGGGCCUGCCCCUCAGGGAGUACCUCUAUGGCGGCGGCGCCGAGGAGCCCGCUGCUGGGUCCUCCGAGGCCGGCGCCAGCACGACACCGACCCCCGACAGCCCGGCCCCGCCGACGCUGGAGACCUGCUACUUCCUCAACGCCACCAUCCUGUUCCUGUUCCGGGAGCUGCGGGACACCGCGCUCGCCCGCCGCUGGGUCACCAAGAAGAUCAAGGUGGAGUUCGAGGAGCUGCUGCAGACCAAGACGGCCGGCCGCCUGCUGGAGGGGCUGAGCCUGCGCGACGUGUUCCUGGGUGACACCGUGCCCUACAUCAAGACCAUCCGGCUGGUGCGGCCCGUGGUGGCUUCGGGCACCGGCGAGCCCGACGAACCCGACGGGGACGCUCUGCCCGCCACCUGCCCGGAGGAGCUGGCCUUUGAGGCGGAGGUGGAGUACAACGGCGGCUUCCACCUGGCCAUCGACGUGGAUCUAGUGUUCGGCAAGUCCGCCUACCUGUUCGUGAAGCUGUCGCGCGUGGUGGGUAGGCUGCGCUUCGUCCUCACCCGCGUGCCCUUCACCCACUGGUUCUUCUCCUUCGUGGAGGACCCGCUGAUUGACUUCGAGGUGCGCUCCCAGUUCGAGGGGCGGCCCAUGCCCCAGCUCACCUCCAUCAUCGUCAACCAGCUGAAGAAGAUCAUCAAGCGCAAGCACACCCUGCCCAGUUACAAGAUCAGGUUUAAGCCGUUUUUUCCAUACCAAGCCUUGCAAGGAUUUGAAGAAGAUGAAGAUCUUAUCCAUAUUCAACAAUGGGCACUUACUGAGGGCCGGCUUAAAGUUACAUUGCUAGAAUGUAGCAGGUUACUCAUUUUUGGAUCCUAUGAGAGAGAAGCAAAUGUUCAUUGCACACUUGAGCUAAGCAGUGGUGUUUGGGAAGAAAAACAAAGGAGUUCUAUUAAGACGGAUUUUAUCAAGAGUUACUUUUUCUGGGCCCGGAUUCUGAUGCUGGAGAAGCAGUUCAAGACAGAGGGAUACUGUCCCUGUGGGACUAGUGUCAACUAGAUGUGUGGUGUGGAAGAACACUGGGGUAAAGGAGAGGAAGCUGCCAGUGAACCUGAAGAGUGAGGGUAGCUAUCUCUGCAACUUGACAGCUGCUACUAUGAAGAAAGCAAAAUGAAAAUGAUGCUCUUAGAUCUUACUGUUGGGUACAUCCUUCAAUUUAAAAAUUGGUAGCAUAAAUUUUUCUUGGAGAAAUAGAAUAAUUUUGACCUGAGUGAGAAAUAAAAAUGAAAUUAAACUAACAGAGGAGGAUGGUCUGACUCACAGAGCUUGGUUAUGAGAAAGAAACAAGAGUUGUUGAAGAUUGUGAAUGUGGUAGAAGAGGGGUUUUAAGAGUGUCCUCGAUGUGUCUGUGUGUGUGUGUCAAUAUAAUGUGUCUUUCUCUGACGUUUUGAGACAGGGAAUCUUAUUAAACCUGGUGUUCCUGUUUUGGCAAUGCUAGCAGGUCAGGGACUCUAAGGGACCUGACUUUCUGGGUUCUAUCCUGCCCCACCUCCCACCCCUUGCACUGGGGUUAGAGAUUAGCAUUGCUGUGCCCACCAUUUCUUUUUUUUUUGGUUCUUUUUUUCGGAGCUGGGGACCGAACCCAGGGCCUUGCGCUUCCUAGGUAAGCGCUCUACCACUGAGCUAAAUCCCCAGCCCCCCCACCAUUUCUUUAAGUUGCCUUUUUUCUUCCUUGAGACACUUUCACUGUGUCACCCUUGUCUAGCUUGGAACCCAUUAAUAUAGACUAGGCUGGCUUGAUCUCAGAGAUCUGCCUGCCCCUGCCUCCCAAGUGUCUGGGAUUGAAGGUGUGCAUCACUCCCAGCCAGCUAUGCACAGCAUUUAUGUGGAUGCUGGGAACAUGAACUUAGGUCCUUAUGCGUGUACAGUUAUCUAAUUAGCUAUCUCUCUAGGCCAAGGUAAGUAGGCAUAGAGGUCUCUUCUGUCUGUUCGUCCAUCUGUCUGCGUGCGCUCUCUCUCUCUCUCUCUCUCUCCCCCUCUCCCUUCCUCCCUUCCUCCUUUCCCCCUUUCCUCCCCCCUUUCCCCUCUUCUCUUUCCUCCUGGUUGUUAUUCCUGUACCACCUUAAAGUUUACAUUUUCAAUCAAUUUGAAGUAGCUUCUCUAAGGAAUGAAAUAAUAUCUGGGUUUAGAGGUUGUGCCAAAAUACAUAACUCUAAAAAAGAUUAUUGUUUUGUCUGGUUAAAUUUGGCUUCACUUUGAGUUGUUCAUAAUUUACCAUUGCUGCUAGCAUCUUCAGUUUUCUUUAUUUUAUCUUCAAAGGUAAGAGAUUGGACAGAUUUAAUAUUUUAUAGCAAAGGUUAGUAAGAUAUUUAAUUUUGAAUUAUUAUUUUAGAUCCUAGCAUAUGUCACAGGUAGUUGUCAAGAAAGAGUAAUUUAACCAGGUGUUAAAAAUGUCAACAACAGUGUCAACCAAUAAAUUGAAAUUUUGUGAAUUUAAUAAUUCCUAAGAAGGCAAAUUAUAUUGGCAGAAUUGAGUCAUAUAGUAUGAGUAACUCUGUGUGUGUGUGUGUGUGUAUGUGUACAUGUGUGUGUACAUGUGUGUAUAUGCAUAUGCUUGUAGAGGCUAAAUGUCAAUCUCUAUUAUUAUGCUAGGGCUGGGGGGGGGAAAACCCUCUAUUAUUCCAGAAGAAAAACAGAACAAAACUUCUUUUUGUUCAGAUGAGAUCUCUCACUGGCCUGGAACUCACUGAAUAGGCUAAACUAACCCAUUGGCCAAUGAGCAUUGAACUCCAGAGAUCUCCAGCACUGGAAUUACAACGUGUGUGCCACCAUGCCCAGGGGUGGUGGUUUUUUGGUUGUUGUUUUUGUUUUUUUAUGUGUGAAAUAGGUGUCAAAUUCAGACUCUCCCUUGUUUUCACAGUAGGCACUUUACCAGCUGAAAAAUAGAAUUGUGAAUGUAUUUUAGAUGGCUAGUUCAUAAGAAAAUAAAUGUGUUUGACAGUUUCUUUUUAAGUUAAUAGAAAUAGAGGCAAUAGGGGAGGCACUCCUGAAGUGGGUGUGUGCUAAUGAGCUGGAAACAGCAUAUACACAAAGCACUCACCAGCAGACUGAGGACCCAUUGUAGGUUACUCACUAGUACUGUCUCCUAGCCCUUGUCAGUCCUAGGCUGCUUUUGUACCUACUCUGUUGCUUGCAUGUAGCCCACAUGGGGAAAUGUUUCCUGUCAUCUGCCACUGUCCUCUUUUGUAGGCUAAUCUUGAUGUUGCUCUCUGCAGUUCCUACUCUAGCCACAACUCUUCCCUCGUGAAAUAGCUAUAUAAAGAUAAACGGAGGGGGGAAAGAUUAGCAUUACCGACUGACAAGAUAGUGAGGCACGGAGAAGAGAAGUCUCAUACCACUAAUGAUUAAUGGUUGAGAAAUCUGCUGCUGUCAGCUACACAGGUAUUAAUAAGUUUCUUAGACUAUUUUGCAGUUUAGUGGCUGAAUGUUCUGGAAGGAAAGAGGAGGCUGUAAGAGGAGGAGUAAGUGGCUGGUGAUCUUUAAGGUCUGAUUGACAAAAAUUAUCAUGCCCUGUUGCUUGAUCAAAUCUCUGAGUGAUUCCUUACUUCCCCAAAGAUCAAGACAGGCGGCUUUAUAUGGCCAGGAAAGGGACCUGGUAAGCUUGGUGCCUUCAUGUCCUCUCCCAUUCUCAGCCCCAGUCACGCUAGCAUUCAGUACUUCUGAUUGGCCUUACUAUGUACUAUACAUCUCUGAUAAUUGUAUAUCCUUCCUAAAUUGUCCUAAAGUUCUUUCUUGAAAACUGUGACAUGUGCUAACUCAGCUUGUUUCUCCAUGUACAUCUAUAUUCUCCAGACCUCUGCUUGUGCCAGGGCUUAGCCUGUUUCAGUAGAAAAACCCUGCGCCACAGGUUCCUGCGCAUACCGCUCUGCGCUUCUGCCCUGGGCUCGCUCUCUCUGACCUGGCCGGUCACUCUCUCACUAGUUCCAGCUCCAUCUGGCCAUAGGGACUAGCAACUAGCGCUAAUUUAUAUCAGUGGCUCCACCAUUCUCCCCUAAGUACUCUCUGACCCAGGCGGUCUACGGUCCGUUCCAGUUUGGCAUCUUGCCACGCUGCUUUGCUUUCACUCACAGUUCCCUUGGAGGGGUUGUUACCACGCCAGGCUCACACAUCCCAAUUCUGUAGCAGGCUUGGUGCAUCUGGCCACCGCAUCUUCUCUUGCCACAUGAGAGAGCACACCACACAGUAACCUCUGAUCCAAUUGAUAAGAUAUAAUUUGCUCAUCUAGACAGCACAAAAUCUUGUACACACCCAUCCCUUAAAAAUAUUCAUAACAACCUGUAUCUAUGAGCAGAGAAGAAUCUUAACAUCUGCUGCCAUGUUCUCCCAGUUCCUUCUCUUUUUAAAACUUUUUUCCCACCUAUCCUGUCCUUCCUUCUCAUCCAAUGACAGGUCUCAUUGUAUCCUAUACUUGCCUUCUUGCAUAAAGACAUUAAUCUACAGUUUGCCAUUGUUCAGAUAUAUUCAUGAACUUCUUUCCUGUUCCAUUCCUGGGGUGUCCGCUGUUAUUCCAGGUUCUCAGUGUCAGUAGUUUUCAGCUGUAGUUGAUGGAUGUGAUACACUCAUGGGAAAUGAGAGUGGACUGGAGAAAGAAACCAGGGUAUUCUUCCUCCUACCAGCUGGUUUAUCGUUUUUUUUUUAAAUGCCCCCUGACAGAUAUGUAUGUCUGAAUACUUGGUCCCAAGUUGGUGGAAUACAUGGGGAUGAUUAGUCGGUGUGGCAUUUUGGAAGCGAUGUCUCACUGGAGUCCUGUGGUGGGCUUUUAGGUUUCAAAAACUACAGGCCAUAUGCAUUGAGCUCUCUAUUUCCUGCUUGUUGUUACAGAUGUGACCUUUCCAUGACUGAUCCUUGCCAUCAUAUUUGGCCCACUCUCCUCACAAGACAAGACUCUAUUCUUGUUUCCACUUGAUGUUCAGCCCCAAUAACCACUUAAGUCUAUCCUUUAGUCUAAGGUUGAUAGUGACCUCUUACUUUUGCUGGUAUCUGAGUUUUCUCUUGUUUGGAAUUCAGUUUUUCUCUUACCAGCAAGUUACUCCCAUUCUCUCUUGCUUUCGAUAUUUCAGAAUUUUUCACCUGCCAUAUCAAUGUCAGCUACCUACAGUAGUCACUUCUGGGACCUUUCCUAUCUGACAGACUCAUGUGUUAAGUAGGUGUCACAGCUGGAGUUUUAGUUACAUUUGUAUAAUUGUAUAAUUUGACCUAUGUUGUUUCCAGCAGAAUCUUCUGUUAUAGUAAGUACCUUGAUAGGCUUGGUUCUGCAUUCAGUAAGUAUUCUGGUAAGACUAAGUCUAACUAUCUAGACAUCAGUCUCCAAGUACUUUCCCAAUUUUUCUUCCAGACUGCCAUGAUUUCAGCAUGACUUUUAGUCAUGCCUUGAUUUCCUUUUUUCUUCCCUGGAUAUAUUCCAUUUCUUUAAAAAAAAUAAAAAUAUUUAGGAUGAGGAAAUCUUCCAAAUGAGAUUUAUUAAUUAAUGUUGCUUCUGUAAGGAGCUGUUUUUUCAGUGUGAGAAUCUGAGUUUACAAUUGUAGUACCCCGUGAUGCAUUUUCUUUCUGGCAGGACUAAAAGCAUCAAAAGAAUGCCUCAUAAGUAUAGUUCAGCAUAGCUAAAAUAAACAUCUUGAUGUGAUUUAAAAUCGAACUAUCUUUAUUUUGUCUUAGUUUUGGACAAUUUUAGAAGCCUUGUUGGGUAAUAAUGAGUAAAAAUCUAUAUUUCCAAAUUUCUUUACAUAUUACUGACAGUCCCUACAAAUGAUUUUAAAGGGCUUUCUGAAAAACUUUAAUUUUAAGUAAGAACAUUUGACUUCUAAGUACAUUAGACCAGAUGCCUAGGACUUGGCAUUUUGGUGUGUUUACUUAAGGCCACAUGCCUGGCAGGUCGAAUUUUGGUGUGCCUAUUUAACCAUUUGCCAUUUGCAGUCUUAAUCUUAUCAAAAGGAAGAGAAAGAUUAAAGCAAAUAAAGCUUUAUUUGAAAAUGUCAGUCUUUUAUGAAAACUUUGGUUUAGUUCAGCUUGAUAACAUUUGAGAAUACAGUAGGGACUUGAUGAAAUUUUAACCAUAUGUAAUUUAUAAUUGGUUUCUUAAAUAAGGCAAAUGCUCUAAUAGUAAAUUCUGUAUAACAUUUCCACUCUUAAAAGUUCAUCUUAGUUAAAAAUAACUGUCUUGGCUUUUUAUACUCUGGUAUGAUUGUGAAAUUCUGAGAACAAGUAAGAAUUUAUAUUAGAAUAGUUUACUUUAAAUCAAAGUAGUCUAGUAUACUAAGAAUGAGGAGUCUAGGACACUGAGACACAAUAUGAGGUGUGAUCCAUGCUGUGAUCCUUCUUUUUUUUUUUUUUAAGAUUUAUUCAUUUAUUAUAUAUAAGUACACUGUAGCUGUCUUCAGACACACCAGAAGAGGGCAUCAGAUCUCUUUACAGAUGGUUGUGAGCCACCAUGUGGUUGCUGGGAAUUGAACUCAGGACCUCUGGAAGAGUAGUCAGGUGCUCUUAACCACUGAGCCAUCUCUCCAGCCCGCUGUGAUCCUUCUUGACAAGAACGAGAGGUCAGCAUUUCUGUGUGCAUCGUGUAUUACUGUUAGUAGCUCUGAUCAUGUCGGUUUCAGAGCAGAAGUGCCCUGAGCUUCUGAUAAAGGAAAGUAACAUUCUUUGUGGAAAGCUAGAAAAUAAUGUGUUAAAAAGGUGACAAGUGGAAGAAGCAUCACAGUGUCCUUAGGGGUUUGAGAGAGAGACUAUAGAGAGCACUUCAGGGUGGAAGACAUAAGACCCCUCUCUCUCUGAGUAUCUGAGUAUACUGAGUGGGUAGAGUGAGCUGUCCAAGUUCACUAAAAGAUUAUGGUAAUGCAGGAAAGUUAUUCAAAACUAGAAUAAGAUCUUUAUAUAGAAUCAAGACAGUAGAAAGUAUGGAGGCUUUUAGAAUAAAACAUUUUUAAUCAGAAUCUCUGUGGGUUUUUCUCUGUAGCCUCAGCUGUCCUAGAACUCACUCUGUAGACCAGGCUAGCCUCAAACAGGAUCAAAGCUGUGUACUACCACAGCCCAGCUCAGAAUCUCUCUUUCGGGAAGAUGAAGAGUGGCCUUUUUGGCAGCAUGACCAUGUCAAGGUCUAAAUCCAUCUCAUCUAUAAAGUACUUAAUUAUUCUGUAAAUCAAACUGACACUGUACACAAUCUGAUGAGAGGUCAGGGCCUCUGUAUUUAUGAAUGUCUGACGCAGCACUUGGCAUGAAGUAGGUCAUCAGUUAUGUGUUUGUUGAAUCUGAGUAGUAGAGUCAAGAAUGUGAUCUAGCAAUGGAAAAACUUGACAUAGAGGGAAUGAGCAUCUAUGAGGUUGGUGAUAAUGGACAUGAAAAAUGGGACCAGCAUUGCUCUGGAUAGCCCUGGAAAUGGGAGAGUUUUAGAGAAAGGAAGCUAGAAGGAACAGCUUUGAGGAGGUAGAAGAAAAAGCAGAUAUUCUGGACAACUUAGUUGUGAACUGGUAGGGACUGACAAAGGUCAGUCCAGAGAUGAGGUUUUCUUUUGAUUUGCUGUUUAUUUUGUUUUUAUAUAUUCAGCCCUAUUAUUUCACCUUUCAGUGAACUCUUAAAUUCAACAGUUUAUUUGUACCCUAUGCCCUCUAUUUAAGGUUCAAAUAGGAUAGGAGAAAUUGUGAUUUCAUAAUAUACUGAUAAGAAUUGAAAUUCAUUUUGUAUUUUGGCAGUGCUAGAGAUCAAACCCAGGACCUUGCACAUGCUAAUAAGUUCUAACAGUGAUCUGCAUCCCCAACUCUAGUUUGUCUGUUUGCUUGCUUGUUUGUUUGUUUUUAAGGGCUGUUGAAGGGCCUUGGGAAAUGAUUCAGUGGGUAAAGUGCUUGCCACGUAAGCAAGAACUGAGUGUGUAAAAGCCAACAGUGGUGGUAGAAAUCUGUAACCUCAGCAGCAGUUGUUGGGGAGUGGUGUUGACAGACUGACCCCCUAAAGCUCACUAGCAUCCUAUCUCUGAACAAAUGGUGAAAUCCAAGUUCAGUGAGAUAACCUGUCUCAGAAAGUAGGUGAAAAUGAAAAUCAACUGAAGACACCCACGUGACCUCUAGCCUGCACAUAUACAAACAUACACAUAAAACACGUGCGAAGAAGAGCUGCUUGGAGAAAAUUAAGGAGCUAAUAGUCACAAAGCAUAAGUGUCACUUUAGGUUCUAUUUCGUAAGGCAUUUACUUCACUGUGACCCAAGAGAAAUGAUGAGUUUAACCCACACUGUUUCAGGAACUCAUCUUUUCAAAGUGUACUAAUACCUUCUCAUAAAAUCGUCCUUCACUAGAGAGAGAACUCACUCUCAGACAUGCACAGAUGCUGAAUGCAGAGCUGAUCACAGAUGAUUCAGGAAUGUGUUGAAGAUACUGCCAGGCCUUGUGCAGUAGGUGGAAUCCACCUCACUGCCCACAUGUUCUCAGUCAAAGGUAAUCAACACUCACAAGGUAUUAUCAUGGGUGGCUGCCAUGGAACAUACAUUAACCAUAUAAUUCUUGUUAAUCCCGUAAGAAUAGGCAUAUCAUCAUCAUUAUGUAUAUAAAGAAAACAAGGUACAAAAAGAUAAAAUAAUGCCCAAUUAGCAGGUACCAGAGGCAUUCUACAAACCCAGAUUGAGUGUCUCUUGGCUGCUGCUCUGUUUUGCUAUAACCACUCUGCUUCAGGUUAUUCUGGAUCAAAUAUGAAUGACCAUGACCAGGAAACAUGGGUUCAAGUUACUCUGAAUGUAUUUUGUUUUGGAAGUGGUUACACAAACUUUUACAGCUCCAGGAUGAAAAAGGAAAGUCAUAAGUUAGCAUAGAUACCAUUUACAUUGGUAGGAAACACCAGGCAAGUAGACCACAACAAGUUGGGGGGAAAUUUCCUCUGUAGAUUUUUGGUGUUAUAGUAUACUUGGCUUUUGGGUUGGUUGAGGCUAGAGCUCUACUAAAUGUAAACAUUCUGAGAAGUUUAAAAUUGGUGUAAUUUUGUAAAAUUGGGAGACUAUUAAGCCAGAUAUAGACAUUAAGACAGUUGGCUGAAAGGGGCUUGUAACAUCCAUGGAUUUUUAGUUAAACACCUGCGGCAUUUCAUCUCCAUAGUUAGGUUAGUCAAGCAAGUCCUCUGUGGGAUAUGUAACAUGGAUACAGCAUCUUCAGAGAACAUAAUUUCACCUAUUAUAUCUUCUCCACUGAUGGUAUCCAGUGUGCCUGGGUUCAAGUCCAAAUUCUUCCACUCUAGUUGUGUGAUGGUGAACUUCAUCUCCUAGAGAAGAGAAGUAAACAAUGGUCUGCCUAGAUCAAAAGGCUGUUAAAAUAACGCCAUCUGAAUAAUCAAUAAUGAAGUUUUCUUCUUUUUACAUUUGAUUAAAGCCUUUGUUGAUGCUUUGAUCUGAAAUAAAUUUAAGUUUUAUAUAACCAUUCUAGUGAAAUAAAAGGAAAGAAAAGCAGGCAAAGGCUGAGGCUGUGGAAGCCUCUCCCUUAGUCCCUCAGCCAUGCCUUCUAGUUCUUCCUAUUACAAGGUCAGGAGGGCAAGCCAAAUGUUUCCUGGGCAUGACAGAAAGUGGUUUUCAUUGGUACAAAUUUCUUAUUGAUAUAAAGUGGGAUUGAUACUGUUAUUUUCUUAUAGGCAUUGUGUCUAUACAACACAUUGAAGAAUACAAGGCUUAUACCCAGUCCUUUACUGCUAUUAGAAAACUAAUCCGAGAUGAUUAACCAUAAGAGUUAAGGAUCAGAUAGCAAAUUCAUGGCUGAAAAUUUAUUGUUAGAGUGCUUUCAAGAUAAUUUAUUAAUAUAAUUAACAGUUCCGAUUGCUUACAUAGUUAGAUGGUUUUCAGCAACAUCAGAAAUUCACAAAAAGUGACAUUUAUUAUUUUUUUUAAUCAUUUGUUGAUAGCUGUCUGCUCCUAACAGCUCCCAUUUGGUGAAUUCAAUGAAGAAAUUGAACAUCACUACCUCAGGUAGCCACUUUGCAGAAAUUGCCUAUUUUAUCUACAGACAAAAUACUGUCCAGAAAAGGACACAUUGCAGAAUAGUUGACUGAUAAUUUCUGCUGAGCCAGAAUGAUCAGCCCUUCAUAAUUCUGCUUUUCAAAAGUCUGUCAGGUGAUCCCAGGCCCAAGGCUGAAGACUUGCUCUCACGUGUUGCUAACUGGGGACUGUGCAAGUAGACAAUUGUCUCUUCAACCUGCCUCAGUUCGGGAAGCUGUGUUAGGCUUUCUAUAUAAUCAGACAAUAUUGGUCAUUCUCAGAUUUCUGACAGGGUUGAAACUAGUUAUAGUCUCAUAGCCUACCCAGGCUGUUUAACUUUGAGAAGACAUAUUUAUUUGGAUAAUUAUCAGAGUGUAUACAAGCUAGCCAGGACAUAACAUAGAUGUUAAGCCUUUCUUAAGCUAGAAUAGAUAACUAAAUGUUCUGUUUAACUGAUAAAAUGUUGGACUGGGUGUUAGGUGUAUUUUAUGCUUUAUAAAUUACAAAUGAUAAUAGUUGUGCUCAGCUUACAUUUGAGAGAAAAGCUUUUUUUUUUGUUUUGUUUUUGUUUUUAAUUAGACAGAAAGGGUAAAGUGUCGGUUGAUGUCUAUGUGCAGGUGAGGGCUGGCACAAGUUAGGUCAAGGCCAUGAUUGGACAGUAAAAAAAUAAGGGGGGGACAAAGCUUUUGUAAGGGGACGAGAAGGAGGAGAAGAGAAUCAAGAUGGAGAUGGAGAAGGACGACCCAGAUCUGGGUGGUCUUGAAUGGCCCUGGGUAGUUAUGUAUAUUUCUUAAGGGAUGGAUCUCUGUAGGUCAGUAGGUGGGCGGCUUAUAUCCUUAUCAGUUUGUUGUGAGUUUACUGUGUGGAUGUAUUGUGGAUUGAGAAUCUAACAUAUAAAUCUGAUUGGUGGGCUGCAGUUGUUGAGUCUUGAUUUCACUGGGUAGCUGGAACCAGAGAGUGUGAGGCUAGCAGAGAGCUGCCAGGAGAGAUACUAACCAGAGACAAAUUAUGGUUAGUUCCAUAUGGUCCCAGGGUGCUGGAACUAACUCAAGAGACGAGCAUGGCAGAAGGCUCUCGAACCACCUGAGUCUGAGAGUACUUGGGGUCAGCAUGGAGCUGCUGAGAUUAAAGUACCCCAUGGUGCCAUACGGCCCCACUGGUCCCGGCAGUAGCGUGGGAUAAAAGGUUACCUUUUUUUUGUUUGUUUGUUUGUUUUUGUUUUUUUUAAUAUUUACUGCAACAGGGGUGCUUUUGUCUGUUUUUGAGAUAUGAGACCUAGGGCUGGAGAGAUGACUCAGUGGUUAAGAGCACUUGCUAUUUUUGGAGAGAAUCUGGGUUCAGUUCCCACCACCUGAUAGCCAUAUGAUGGCUUAAAACUAUCCGUAACUCCAUUUCCAGUUCCAGCUAUGUAUGUCAGACACCCUGUUCUGCUUUCUGAAGGCAACAGAUAUAUACAUUGCUCACAUACAUAUAUGCAGGCAAAAUAUUCAUAAAAUAAAAUGUUAAACAUGAAUUUAAAUUUUAAAAACUAUUUUUAAAGAUGAGAAAGCCACGCAGGGUGUGGUGGCGCAUACCUUUAAUCCCAGCACUCAGUAGGCAGAGCCAGUUGGAUGCCUGAGUUCAGGGAUAGCCUGGUCUACAAAGUGAGUUCCAGGACAAGCUAGGGCUACACAUAGAAGCCCUCUCUCAAAAAACAAAACAAACAAAAGAUAAGAAAGCCAAGUGGUCGCUCUAACAUAAGCAGAUAAGCAGGUUUACUAUAAGGAGGAUGGUUUAUUUGAGAGAAUGACUCUGUUAGGGAAUAUGUAGAUAGCUAGUGAAAAGGGGAC